AUGCUGUUUCACAGUCUAAGGAGAGGAGCGGCCCUCAAGAAAGCUCUGGCUGGCAGAGGCUACGACGUGGACAAGAACAAAUCCCGCGUUAAGAUCGCCGUUAAGAGUCUCGUGACGAAGGGCACUCUGGUGCAGACCAAAGGCACCGGCGCCUCGGGCUCCAUUAAGCUCAACAAGAAACAUGCUGAGCCCAAGAAGAAGACAACAAGGAAAGCGGCGCCAAAAUCUAAGAAGGUGGCUGCUAAAAAGCCCGCCGCUGUUAAAAAGCCCAAGAAGGUAGCGGCCCAGACAUCGCCGAAGAAAGCCAAGAAGCCGGCGGCCGCCAAGAAAGUCGCCAAAUCUCCCAAGAAAGCAAAGAAACCAGUGGCACCAAUGAAAGCAGCCAAGAGCCCGAAGAAAGCGAAGGUGGGCAAAUCCAAAGCAGCCAAGCCCUAA